GCGAUUACUACCGCCAGGUUCCCAUGUCGGUUUUGAUGAAAUCACAUCAAAAGUGUACAAUUUUUGUAUAUGAUAAUCUAAAAAAAAUAACGUCCAGCUACCGAAAUGUGAGAUCAUAAUAUGAAUUGACUAAACCAUUAACAAAUGUGGAACAAAAGUAAAACUUUCGCGUCGUUUUUGGUUAAAGAUGUAGAGAAAGGAUAUCACAGCGAAGAGGAGAAAUCGACUCCUCUGCUGGCCAACAAUGAUAGAACCAGGCCAGCCAGUUACGAAGGACGACAAAGGCCCCCCAGGCCCCGGAAACCAACCUCCAAUAAUAUGGCACCCCCUCCGCCAACUCCACCAGUCGCCAAAAAGCUGACCCUGGACAUAUCAUCUGUUCUAUCCACCCCGGAUUGUACUCCAGGACUAGAUACGUCAGAAUAUCCGAAAAAAUUCUUCCGAAGUGACAGGAGGCUUCGACGCCUGAAUACAGAAUUACUGGAAGCUAUAGGAAACCAUGAUGUUGAAGAAGUCGAAAAGCUUCUAAAGGAAGGAGCGAAUCCUAAUGCAACUUGUCGUCUGGAUUACGUAUCAGCAAUUCAUUUGGCGGCCAUGGUAGCAGGAGAUUCUCUAGACCUGCUUCUAAAACAUGGUGCAGAAAGACAUCGCCAGGACAGGCUGGGAAGAACACCACUCCAUCUAGCCGCGUUCGCUGGUAAUGCAAGGCAAAUGGCUAUACUCUUGGAUCUACCGGAAGAAAUGCAAAAAUUAAUUGACAACGAUGAUUCUUCGACUUUCGACGGUAUCAGGAAUCAGUUUGAAUUAUCGUUCGAUAUGAGACAGAAAGCUCAAGAGAUCGUAAAUGUGAGAUCCGACCUUGGCGAGAUAGAGGUGUCGUUGCCGAAAACAUGGAAGGACAAUAUCGACCAUAUGUGUAUGGACAUAAAAGGCACCUUGCCUUUACUCCAACCUGGAUGGACUCCCCUCCAUGUGGCAGCCUCCAGGGCUCGUCAUCACUGCACCAGGUUUCUUUUAGCAGCUGGUGCGAAUCCAAAUAUCUGCGAUGUCAUGGGUCGCACACCCCUAGAUGUUGCUGGUUCAGCCUAUUAUUACAAUAAGGAAAUCAAUCAGAAGAGUUUUACAGAAGUAAUUAGGAUGCUGCUGAAAGCUGGUAGCCAGUUUAACACUAUGAGAGCUGGUGGCAUGAACGUAGACAGUCCGAUACACACUGCCGUGGAACUUAAUAACAUAGAAUGUAUUCUAGAGUUAUUGGAUGCAGGAGUAUCUGUUUCGUGUCUUAAUUCAGAAGGCAAAACACCGUUACACGUAUGUGUUGACAAGAAAAUGGACGAUGCUCUAAAGAUAUUAGCCAACUAUAAUUACAAAGAUGCGGAUCCUUUGUCGUCUAUGGUUGAUGUCAAGGACAAAGACGGAUAUACAGUGUUGCAUGCCGCUGUCAAAACAGCGUGGGUCGCUGGUGUUUGUAUUGCAUUAGAGGCUGGUGCUGAUGUAACUAUAACAGCAAAUGAUGGUGAAACUGCCAUACAUUUAGCAGCAGCGUUGGGAAAUACAGAUGUAUUGGAUGAAAUAAUUCUACUGACAUACCAAAACGGUUUAAUAGAUUGCCAGAACGAGGAAGGAGAAACGCCACUUUUCAAAGCCAUUAUAAAUGGACACUUGAACUGCGUUGAGACUAUACUCGAAAAAGGGGCAUCCAUAAAUAUGCUUAUGCCUGGGGAUGUUAACGUCCUGCACGUGGCUGCAGAGUAUGGUCAUCUAAGCAUGUUGGAAUUUCUUAUGGAGUACGGAGAUGGUGUCAUAAAACAGUUCAUAAAUUCGCUCACCACACCAGACAGGAGAGGAAUAGGAGCCAUACAUUUUGCAGUACUAAACAAUAACGUCAAAUGUUUAGAAUAUCUCAUAUCACAAGACGCUGAUAUUAGAUUACGAACUACCCCCAGCCCUCACAAAUCAGCAACACCUUUACAUUUAGCCGCUAAUAGAAAUUACGUGGAAUGUGCAAAAGUUAUUUUAAAUUGUGACAAAACAACCAUAUUGGAGGUCAAUAGCUUAGGUUGGUAUCCGUUACACUCAGCGGGCCAUCACGGGAGUAGAGACGUUAUAUCGCUGCUUUUACAAGAAGGGGCAGACUUAUCAGAAUACACUGCAGCGCCGAAAUUUAAAAGAACAGCUAUCGAUAUGAUAAUAAAUAACGUGUCCAAACCGACCGAGUUCCUAGAGGAUGUAUUCGAUUCAUACAUAUCAUCUAAUUCUCAGAACUUAAACGACUCCAAGUGUGUAGUGACCGUGGAUUACAAAAUACUGUUGCCAACCGCCUGCGAGAUGGAACAGAUGAAAGUUGUUGAAUCUUUACUUAAAACUGGAAAUCGUUACGGCCAACAGAAACUUCUUGUACAUCCCUUGCUUGAGAGCUUUCUAUACUUAAAAUGGCAGGCGUUGUUGCCGUUCUUUUAUGCUAUUAUAGCUAUUUACGCGAUGUUCGUCUCAUCUUUAACAAUUUUUAUCACAUCCAUAUUCUUUUACAAAGAUACCAAUACAGAUAGGCCGGCUUACCUCGCUCCACACAUUUGGAGCUAUGUCGUAUAUUCAACGAUAUGUCUCAUAAUAUUGCAGGAGCUGUUAUACAUGAAUUUAAAAAAUACGAGAUAUUUUCGACAACUAGAAACUUGGAUAAAAGUAUUUUCUCUUCUCCUAGCGGCCAGUUUGCCUCCAGUAGUAGCAUUUUUUUCCGAUAGUGUCACCGACUUGCCAAGACACAUCGCGACCUGUUCCCUGCUACUUUCUUGGAUAGAACUAAUGUUCUUACUAUCUAGAUUCCCAAACUGGGGUUAUUAUGUUCUUAUGUUUGGUAAAGUUGCCAGUAAUGUAAUAAAGAUACUCCUCACGUUUGCGUUCUUGGUGAUCGGAUUUUCUCUAAGUUUCAUGAUACAAUUCAAAUCAGAAAUGCCAUUUGAUGGUCCAUGGGCUGCGUUUGUCAAAACCAUGGUGAUGAUGACGUCAGAGUUCGAUUACAUGGAUUUAUUUGAUGAGGCGCAUUCAAAUGACCUCGCAAAAUCACUGAUAGUGGUUAGACUAAUAUUCGUGAUAUUUCUCAUCCUGGCAGCGAUAGUCCUCAUGAAUUUAAUGGUUGGUGUGGCGGUUAAUGACAUCAAUGAUUUGGAAAUAUUAGGCAAUAUAAGAAGACUCGCCAAGCAAGUCGAAUUUCUCGGUACCUUGGACAACUUAGUUUACAACAAGUUCUUUAGCACCAUACUGCCAAAUCGGGUUAGCAAACGACUGCAGAAUAAAAGGAAGGUUAUGAAUGUGAUGUCUUUCUGUCCUGGCAAGACUCGCUGGAGGUUCAAUAGGUCGGUACCAUCGCGUAUUAAAAACGCUAUAAUCGAUAAAGCGCAGCAACAAAAGAAACAGAUGGAGGAAGAGUUCCACAUGGAGACCUUUAAAAAGAAAAUUGAUGAAAUGCAUGAGGCUAUUGUCAAUCUGAAUCUGUCUUAUAAAGAUACACAGGAGGCGACCAAUAAUGAAGGUACCAAAGAAAUAAUUCAAGGAAUAAAAAAGGUUACACUUAAGGAUAUGGAAAUAUUACCAAUGAACGAAUGCCCGGUGAAAGUUAAAAAGCAAGUUGAAACUCAAAUGGGCGAAGCAAAUAAAUCGAUUGUUGAAUUAAACGUAAAAAUGGAUCAAAUGUCCUCAGAAAUGGAAUCCAUUAAAGUACUUUUACACAGAUUGGAAAGUAAAUUAGGGAAUAUGAGAAUGUAAAUAUAAUUCAUAUAUAAUACAUAUAUUAACAAAAAAUAUAUAUAUAUUUUCAAUAAUUUCCUUUGCCACUUUUAUCAUUAUAUUAUAUAACAAGUGAACGAAUAUCGUGAAUUUAUAGAACGUGUUAAAACAAUCCUAAACUAUCACAACAGCCUUUCAAUUAAGACAUAACUUAGAAUUAGUUUUAGUUAAACUUUAAACAAAUAUGACGUUAAGUUCAAGAAACUUAACCUCGUAUAUAAUUCAACGUGGUCUUUCAAACUGUUUGGUAAAUACAAACUCUCUAACGUCCAAACUUUGGCAUUUAAUUAUUACUUUGCUGUUCCGGUAGAAGAAACGUAAUGUUUGUCGACUCCACGUGACAGAAAAGAAAAGCUUUUAAAGAAAUUAAACUAUGCUUGGUCUAAAAA